AUAAACGGUCAGUCACCAAUAAUUAAUAAGAAAGGUACAUUGAAUUCUCUCAGAUAAAUUUAAUAUCUCCGAGCCGAGUUAUCUCCAAUCGUAACAAAAGAAAAUAAGUCAGUCUAUUAGUAAACAUGACAGAGAUGAUACAGAGAGUGAGUCUCGAAGAAGAACUGGUCCGCAAUCCGGAGUUGAAAAAAUCACACAUUAAGUUACUGAAAGAAUGGUGCAAGAAGCAGCCUCAUUUGCCUAAAAUAUUAGACAGUGAGCUUGUUUUAUUCCUUUCUAGUAAUUACUACGACUUGGAGCGAGCUAAAGCAACUAUUGAAGCCUUCUACACCAUCAGGACAAAUACCAAGGAGUAUUUUUCAUCGAGAGAUCCUUUGAAGAAUGAAGAACUUCGUCAGGCCUUCCAAACAUCAACAUUCAUGCCUCUUGAUGGUGAGACACCGGAAGGUUACAAAAUUUUCUUUGGUCGGUUGAUAAACUACGAUCCUUCAAAAUUCGUGUGGGCCCCCUCGAUGAAGUAUCUCCACAUGUCGCUAGACCUAUCGAUGUUUACACAGGGUGCUGCAAAAGGUCACGUAUUUAUCUUCGACAUGUCUAACGCUACACUGGGUCACAGCACUCGCAUGAGUCUUCUCGGGUGCAGAAAACUGAUAAACUAUCUCCAAGAGGGGCUUCCCAUUCGACUCAAGGGGAUUCAUUUUAUAAGAUCUAUGACCAUUGUCCAGAUUGUGCUGGGAAUGAUCAAGCCAUUCAUGAAGAAAGAGAUCACGCAAACUGUUCACGUUCACACCAACGAUGAGACACUUGAAAAAUUUGUGCCUGUAGAUAUUUUACCGAACGAAUGUGGAGGAAAAGCUGGACCCUUGAUAGAGAUUCACCAAAAACAUAUAAAAUUUCUGGAAGAUCACCGUGAUUUCUUCUUGGAGGAAGAAAUCAACUGUCGGGUUGACGAAUCUUUGCGUCCUCGUAGAAGCAGCGGUGGUGCUUUGAGUUUCUUCAGAAGAAGCUCAUGAAGAAAUAAUAAUAAUUCUAUUGAAUAGAACAUGGGAUGUCGGAUUUAUUAAUAAAUAAAUAAAUUAAUUAAUUAUUAUGCGGAUGAGUCAGAUUAUUACGUAAUUAUCUGGAAAUGAUCAUGGCCAAGUUGUUUAUUAUUCUUGAUUUUAAGGUACCUUCACAUUGGAUGAUAAAAUCCUAGAAAAUUAAAAUAGCUUGAUUAGAACUAUCAUUAUUAAAUGUAAUUGUAAAUUAAUGUAAUAAAUAAUUGUUUUAAAAAAUAAAAUUAUCUUUUAAAGGGUUUUAA